AACAUGCUGAGCACCACAGCAUAGUCCAGCCUAUUAAAUAUACUCGGAAUACUCAUAUGAGCCAAUAGCUGGGCAAAAUCAUUGAACAGAAAAAUCAUUUUUUUACAACGAAGUGUUGACUACCUCAUGUAUUUUAGCAAAUACUGUGCUUAAAGUGAAAACAGGUUUGUAAAGCUAUGCUUCUGUACCACUGUAAAGUCUUGGGGACCACAAUUAGAACCCUAGCACUCAUACCUGAGACAGAAUUGUGAGCUUGAAGCUAGUUUGAAUCAUAAGGUGAGACUCUGUCUCAAAUAUACACACAAACACAGACAGGCCCAUACCCACAGAGAGAGACACACAGUUUUGUUGUUUAAGUUCAACUUUAAGUGGAUAUUAGGCAUUUUAUCUGUGUUUGGGAUAGGGGUGGGAAAUAGCUUUUCAAAAUCAUGAAUUCUGUUGACAGUCCUACUCCUCUGUACCCUCUAUGAACAACAGUAUUCCUCAGCUGAAUCCAAAAUCUGUGGAGUGGUCUGAACAGCCAGUGUCUUAAUUGGAAAGUGUAACAGGAAGAGCAGAAAGUGGUUGCUGUGGCCUGAAAACCACCAUCCUUAAAAGCCUGAAGUCUCUAAAGUAGUCCUGGCCCUUGGGCUCCGGGGAUCUGAAUUUCCUUGCCUUUUGCAUUUGUUUCAGGCUUGGACCACUGCUAAGAGUUCCUAGCACUGGAAUAUGCUGUUCCCCUGCUCCAUCUGACCCUCAGGUGGGCUGGCCAUCUUCAGUGCAGGAGAAAAAGGGGAACUCACCCACGAGAACCCUCUAGAAAAGAGGAAGGUACAGUUUGUGGGUUGGUUCAAGUGGGAGAGAUAUACUCAACCAGGGGUUGAAAAAGAGGAAGCACAGCUAGGCAGCACCUACCUGGAGAUCAUGGCUGCUGUUGGCCCAGUGAAAAGAGGAUUUAGAAAAGGUGUGUGUGUGUGUGUGUGUGUGUGUGUGUGUGUGUGUGUGUGUGAGUGCGUUGUGGGAAGAUGUUUCUAGCCCACCCUCAUCCCUCUUCCAGGGAAGGUAAGUGUGGAACUGCAGGAGUAAGGCUAUGAGCAAACACACCUAACUCCAACAGCAGUUCUGUUCUAACCUAGAUUUUUGCAGGGAAAUGUAAACUAGUGAACCUCAAGGUCAAAGGAGGGUCUAAGAGUGUGUUACCCACAACAAGUUUGGCCCAGGUGUGGGAAAUCCCCUUUGCCUAAUUCUCUCUUCCUCUCAAAAGGAAGAAGUCAAGGCUGUUCUUCUAGCCUCUUUGGUUGCCUAUCUUCAGUGGAGGAGGUAGAAGAAGCUCAAGGUGCUAGAAACAUGGUAGGAAGCUGCUGUGAGGUCCUAAGGUACUGUCCUAGGGUGUGGGACAGAACUUGAGAUAUACCAAGCCUUAGAACCCUUUGUGAGCCCGUUACCCUAGUGUCACUUCUCCCAGCAACAAUGACUCACAAAACUGAGACUGAUAGAUACAGCUUUCCCUUGGCCCCACAAGGCACAGGUCACAAAGGCCACUGGGGCCAACCAAGAGGAGUAAUGCCAUCAGAGAGCUGUGUGUGGCCCCUGACCCUGCAGCUGCCCGCUGGGCCGGGCCUGCAUCUCCUGCUGCCAUUCCACUACCAGGACUGGGCCUUCUGGCCUUGGGGCUAGCAGGGAACAGCGCAGAGCUUCACUGCCCAUGUGUGUCAUCUGCUUUGUGAAGGCACUAGUACAUGUGUUCAAGAUCUACUUGACAGCAAACUACACUUACAACUUCCGCAGCUGGCCAGUGGACUUCCGCUGGGAUGAUGUGCAUGCCUCAGGCACUGGUAGCAGCAGUCAUCGUGCCUUGACAUGUGCUGCAGCUGCAGCAGGUGUGUGGCUGCUACAUGAUGCAGCACUGGGCGGGGACGCACUCACAAGGCCUCCGCGUGGGGCUCGAAGCCAAGCACAGUGCCUCCUCCAGCAGAUCCGUGAGCUGCCCAGCCAACUAGCCAGCUAUGCACUGGCCCACUCACUGGGUCGCUGGCUUGUAUACCCUGGCUCUAUGUUCUUGAUGACACGCGCGCUACUGCCUCUACUGCAGCAGGGCCAAGAGCGCCUAGUGGAGCGCUACCGUGGGCGGCGUGCCAAGCUGGUGGCUUGCGAUGGCAAUGAAAUUGACACUAUGUUCAUGGAUCGUCGUCAGCAUCCAGGCAGCCAUGGCCGUGGACUGCGCCUGGUCAUAUGCUGUGAAGGCAAUGCUGGCUUCUACGAGAUGGGCUGCCUGUCUGCACCUCUGGAGGCUGGAUACUCAGUGCUAGGCUGGAACCAUCCUGGUUUUGGGGGCAGCACAGGCGCACCUUUCCCUCAACAUGAUGCAAAUGCAAUGGAUGUGGUGGUCAAGUAUGCACUGCACCGCCUGCACUUCCCGCCAGCACAUGUUGUAGUUUAUGGCUGGUCUAUUGGAGGCUUCACAGCUACCUGGGCCACUAUGACUUACCCAGAACUGGGUGCACUGGUGCUAGAUGCCACCUUUGAUGAUCUUGUGCCACUAGCGCUGAAGGUCAUGCCCCACAGUUGGAAGGGGCUGGUGGUACGCACUGUACGGGAGCACUUCAAUCUCAAUGUUGCUGAGCAGCUGUGCUGCUACCCAGGCCCAGUACUGUUGCUCAGACGCACGCAAGAUGAUGUUGUCAGCACCUCGAGCCAUAUAACUACUCUGCCAUCCUGUCAAGAGGAGGGUGAUGUGGAAGGUAACCGCGGUAAUGAGCUGCUGUUGCGUCUGCUACAGCACAGAUACCCUUCUGUGAUGGCCCGCGAGGGCCGCACGGUGGUAACCCGCUGGCUACGCACCAGUAACUUGGCUCAAGAAGCUGCAUUCUAUGCGCGCUACCGCGUGGAUGAUGAGUGGUGCUUGGCAAUGCUGCGUUCUUAUCGUGAGCGUUGCCAGAAGGAGAUGGACGAUGCUGAGGCCUGGGGGCCGCAUGGACCUACUUUCCCCUGGCUUGUGGGCCAAGGCUUGAGCCCCCGGCGGCGCCGGCAGCUUGCAUUGUUCCUAGCACGCAGGCACCUCAGGAACUUGGAGGCAACACACUGCAGCCCACUGGAGCCUGAGGACUUCCAAUUGCCCUGGAAACUGUAGCUACUGUUUAUGUGACUCACGAAUUUGGGCAGUCAUACACCUUUCAGCUCCCCCCUUUCAGCUGUUCCUCUCCUUACACUUCCACAGAAAAGCUGGCCCUAUUGGGGAUCGUGGUGUCUGGGAGAGUGGGCAAGUAUAUUUUGGACUGUACUUGCCUUCACCUUCUUUCUGCUCUUCCCGGCUUCUGUCCUUUCUCUUCCUCCCACACAUCUGAAUGCCUGUGCCUAGUUCUUGAAGGGAAUGUAAAGGUGAAACCUGACCCAAUUUAUGGUAAUGUGAUGUCUGAUCAUGGGAGGCCAGGGGAGGCUGUGAGGCUAUGGGAGUGCCUUUCUUUCACAAGGCUUGGACCACAGGGUAGCUCCUAAGAAGAGGACAUCAAUUAAACAUUCAAGUAGUUCCUAGUAAAAGGAGAGUACUAGCAGGUCAGUGGUGGCAAAUGCUUUUAAUAGCAGCACUCAGGAGGCAGAGACAGGCAGAUCUCUGUGCGUUUCAAGGCCAGCCUGAUCUAAAGAAUGGGUUCCAGGACAGCCGAAGCUAAACAGAGAAAUUCUAUUUCAAAAAAACAAAACAAAACAAAAAAAAAGAAAGAAAAGAUAAAAGAAAGUACGGGGGGCUGGAGAGAUGGCUCAGAGGUUAAGAGCACCGACUGCUCUUCCAGAGGUCCUGAGUUCAAUUCCCAGCAACCACAUGGUGGCUCACAAUCAUCUGUAAUGAGAUCUGGCGCCCUCUUCUGUAUACAUAAUAAAUAAAUAAAUCUUUAAAAAAAAAAAAAAAAAGAAAGUACGGAGAGUACCGAUCUCAGCAGUUGCUGCUGGGCAGUACCCCCUUCACAUUUCUACAUUCUAUGAGGGAGAUCCAUAGACCUCGAGUCACAGUGCACAGGGUGGCCUGGAUCCUAGAGAUACUAAAUGAUCACUUGUUACUUGGGCCAGACCUGGGCUAGGGCCGGGCUUUGCUCAUGGCCCAAGAAUGAAAAACAGAAGAUGGGAAUGGUGGUACACACCUUUAAUCCCAGCACUUGGGAGGCGGGCAAGAGGAUCUCUGUGAGUUUGAGGCCAGCCUGGUCUACAGAGGGAAUUCCAGGGCAGCUAGGGCUGUUAAUACAGAGAAACCUUGUCUCAACGCCCCCUCAAAAAACAAACAACAAAAGGCUGCAAAACAGAAUGGCAAGUCUUCAGCUCACCACUCUCAGUACUGUAGUCACUACAUGAAGCAGAAACUACUGGAUCUUCUUGUCAUUUCCAGCCCUGUGGACAGGGGCUGACCACGUUGGGUUAAUCAAGAUGGUAAAUGGAGAAGAUACAUUAAUGGACAGCCCUGAACAGGAUACUGUCAUAGUCAAUGGAGCAUCUAGUCCUGUGCAAGACACCUGUAGGGAGAAGGGAAGGGUAGUGGGAAGCUUCCAGGAACUUCCAGAAAGCUUCCAGUACUCAUGGGGCCUGGCUGGAAGGGGAAGUUCAACUUUGUAGGAGGGGCAAUUCUGAAAGAGAGGUAAUAUCAUUUAAGGAUUUUUCUUCCAAGAAAACAAGCGCCAAAAGAAACUGUGAGACUUUUUUUGGUAGACAGCUGCCCAGUAGUCACAACUCCCUCAUCUGAAGUCAGGGGAACUCUUGUUCUCCUGUUAGUGUUGACACACUAACACCACAAAAACUUCAAAGCUCUGGAGUGAUCUGUGAAAAUUUACUUUAUGCGCAGGAAGACAGUGGCACACGCCUUUAAUCCCAGCACUUGGGAGGCAGAGCCAGGCAGAUCUCUGUGAGUUCGAGGCCAGCUUGGUCUACAUAGCGAAAUCCAAGACAGGCACCAAAACUACACAGACAAACCCUGUCUCGAAAAAGACAAAAAAAAAAAGAAAAAAGAAAAAAGAAAAAUCGUUUAGCCUCAGUUUGCUCAUCUAUAAAGUGGGAGGAGGCUCCAGUGCUGCGAAAAAGAAAUUGAGAAAACACUGGGGUGCGUGCACAGGGCUGGGCUUCAGUUACUGGGAUGGUCAACAGGCCCCUGCGGUGUUCAGGGCUCUGUAAACUCUUCCAGUACCACACUGCGAGCCGCCUCUGGCUGGAGAGAGCGGCGCCUGCAGGGCAAGAAGACGAAUCACGUUCUCUGUAUUUUUAGUGCAAGCCCCAGACAAUAAAAAUGUCUUCAUAAAGAGGCUGCAAAUACAACUUAAUUCGGUAGAGAGCUUGCUUAGCAUGCAUUAAGUUUGGGAUUCUCGAUCCCCGAUACGGUAUAAAUCGACUGUGAUAGCUCACUCCUGUAAUCAUAGCACUAGAGAGGUGGUGAGCCCAGAGGAUCGUUAAAUUCAAGGUCAUUCUAGUCUACAUAGUCAGCAGUCUCAAAAACCAAAACCAAAAUAAUUUACCGGAGGCGGGGAGAGGUUGAUUGGGGGCUGGAGGGUGCACAGGCCUGAGUUUGACCCGCCGCGGUGCGCGGUCGAGGAGCUCGUGGGCAGUCGAGGGUGUGAUGGGGAUCAGUGCACUGAGACACAAACCAAACCGUCCCUCCAGCUCCGGCUGCUCUGGCCUUUUCACCCAGGAAUCUUACUGGUGGAACCAGCCUGGGGGAAUU